AUGGGGGAAACAAUCCGAAACAUGGGAAAGGAGUUUUUGUGGGUUUAUUUUGUUUAUUUGGGAGGCAGUCGUAAUAGCAAGGGUACUGUCAGACUGGUUGAUGGGACCUCCCCGUCCAAUGGAAGAGUUGAGGUGUACUAUCAAGGUGUAUGGGGGACAAUAUGUGACGAUGACUGGGAUGAUAAAGACGCUGCUGUUAUCUGUACAAUGCUGGGAUAUUCAAGAGUCAAGGCCGUGGCACAUUCAAUCGCUCACUUUGGAGAAGGGACAGGGAUGAUCUGGCUUGAUGACGUUGAAUGUUAUGGAAAUGAAAAGGACAUUGAAAUGUGCUCACACUCUACACAUGGAGUUCACAACUGUAGGCAUGGGGAAGAUGCUGGGGUUUCAUGUUCAGGUCCAGAUCCUCAUACACUCAAUGGCUUGGUUAGACUUGCUGACGAAUUCUCCUCGUUAAAAGGUCGACUCGAGGUCUACUAUUCCGGUAUAUGGGGUACGGUGUGUGGAAACAACUGGGGAAGUAAAGAGGCCGGCGUCGUUUGUGCAAUGAUGGGAUAUCCAAG